UCGGAGCGUUCAGCAGCGGACAGCAGCACCGCACGAGCCAGCGCACAGCUCACCUGGCCCCGCAGAGGUAUUUCUAUUUCCCCCCUUUUUUUCCCCAGCGAAGAAGUGCUGACCGAUGGAGAGCCCUGCCGUCACCAUGCCAGGUAGAGAGUGAAAGGGGGGCUUUGGGUCGUGAGGAGGAGGGAGUAUCACUGCGGGUGUGUUGGGGUGGCCUCUCCAUCGCGGUGAACACCUUUCGGGCUCGGACGCACGCACGAUGAUGGACGCCUGGCUGCUGCUGCUUGCUCUCCUCGCCAUUGCGGGAGGAGGCCUGGGGGCAGACACAGAGGAGCGCUUGGUGGAGCAUCUCCUAAACCCGGCCCACUACAACAAACUGAUCCGUCCUGCCACUAAUGGCUCCGAGCUGGUUACCGUGCAGCUGAUGGUGUCGCUGGCCCAGCUCAUCAGCGUGCAUGAACGAGAGCAGGUGAUGACCACCAAUGUCUGGCUCACACAGGAGUGGCAGGACUAUCGUCUGACUUGGAUCCCUGAGGAGUUUGAUGGGAUGUUGAAGGUCAGGCUGCCCUCAAAACACAUCUGGCUGCCUGACGUUGUGCUCUACAACAAUGCUGAUGGGGUGUACGAGGUGUCGUUCUACUCUAACGCGGUGGUGUCCCACGAUGGCAGUAUCUUCUGGUUGCCCCCGGCCAUCUACAAAUCCGCCUGUAAGAUCGAGGUGAAGCACUUCCCCUUUGACCAGCAGAACUGCACGCUGCGCUUCCGCUCCUGGACCUACGACCGCACCGAGAUCGAUCUGGUGCUGCGAGCUGACGUGGCCAGCAUGGACGACUUCACGCCCAGCGGUGAGUGGGACAUCAUCGCGCUGCCAGGCAGACGAAACGAGAACCCGGCCGACCCCACCUACGUUGACAUCACGUACGACUUCAUCAUUCGCAGGAAGCCUCUUUUUUACACCAUCAACCUCAUCAUCCCGUGCGUGCUCAUCACCUCUCUGGCCAUCCUGGUGUUCUACCUGCCCUCCGACUGUGGAGAGAAGAUGACGCUCUGCAUCUCCGUGCUGCUCGCCCUCACUGUGUUCCUGCUGCUGAUCUCCAAAAUCGUCCCCCCCACUUCUCUAGAUGUCCCUCUGGUGGGGAAGUACUUAAUGUUCACUAUGGUCCUUGUGACUUUCUCUAUCGUCACCAGCGUGUGUGUGCUAAAUGUGCACCACCGCUCCCCCACCACACACACCAUGCCCCCCUGGGUUAAACUGGUGUUCCUCAACAAGCUCCCUGCUUUGCUCUUCAUGCGGCAGCCCAGGAACAGCUGUGAGCGCCAGCGGCUGCGCCAGAGAAGACGGGCCCAGGAGCAGAAGGAGGGGGGGCGCAGUGGGGAAGCAGGGGCCCUGAUGGUGGGGCUAGGGCUGGGCAACGCUGGGGGGAGCGGAGGGGGGACCUCCACAGGGGUGUUCAGCAAGGAGGACAGUGAGCCUUGUACCUGCUAUGUGAACCGGGCGUCUGUUAAACAGUUCGGAGGGGAUCUGGGAGGAGCAGGAGGGUCCAUGGAUGGUCUGAACAGGGUGAGGGAGAGCCGGGAGGGGGGCGCUGGAAACGUUCCCCGGGGGAAGCAGGCGGCUGGAGGACCUGCUCUGACUCAGACCCUGCUGGCUCAAGCCUGUCCGGGCUUCGAGGAGGCCGUGGAAGGGGUUCGCUUCAUCGCCAACCACAUGAAGAGUGAGGAUGAUGAUCAGAGUGUGAGCGAGGACUGGAAGUACGUUGCCAUGGUGAUUGACCGCCUCUUCCUGUGGAUCUUCGUGUUUGUGUGUGUGUUCGGCACGCUGGGCAUGUUCACUCAGCCGCUCUACCAGAAUUACACAGUCAAGACCAUCACCAGCUCGCCAGGCUGACCGUCUGCAGGCCGAGGACACGCCCGCCUGACAGCCCCCCCCCCCCCCCGACCAAUCAGCACAGCAGGACAAAGGCCAGAGGUGGGGCUGGGGGGCGGGGCUGGGUGGUCUGGGUUUUAUUGUGUCUCUUGAACUGAAAAACCAGGACUAGAACUGCACAGCAAUCACGCCCAUUACCUUUAUAGUAACGUUUUUGCAACGAACAAGGAAGACACAAUCAUACUCUUACCUGCAGUUUUUAGGCCAGAUGUUUAAUGGACUGACCUCCCUUUUCUGCUGGAAAGGUGCCUCCCUGCUCUCCUCUCCACUCAGUUAUGGAGAGAGGAUUUACUCCUCGUUGAACCUUACGCCAGCUUAUUAACACUUUCGUCUCGAAACUGUCUGCUUAUCGACACAUGACAUGUCCUCCUUCAACUAUGACAUUACACAUUCUCAACAUUGACUGAUGUCAGAGGGAGCUAAUCAGAAAGGGAAGGAUGGUUCAUAUCAAGAUUCUUAAAGGUUUAUUUUCUUUUUUUAAGUCACUACAGAACUGAUUCAGUAUAUUUUACCAUAGCAUAGCAGAUUACCACAGUAUAGCAUUAGUAAUAUAUUAUUACAAUUUCUCUAUGUGUUAGCUGAUGCAAGGGUGAAAUGCUGAUACAGAGGAUAAGGUGUGUUGUAUGAUUGUAUAGAUUAAACAAGAAUGUGAUACAAACUGUACUACACAGCCUGUGGUGCGCACACAAACACAACAUGUGUACAAACAACAGUUUUAGGAUAAUACAGAGAGGGGACUUUAAUUAAAGACAGAGUGAGGUUGCAUUAUUCAGUGAGAGGAUAAAGUAAUAGAUGCAUGGACAGAGUUAUGCACAUUAAGUAGAAGACAGCAGGAGCCAGGGAGCCCAGCUGCUAUGAGAUGAGUUCAGCUGCAGAGUAACUGUGGAAUCUGAGCCAAGAUGGUGGACAGGACCACCUCUAUGAUGGACAGUGGAGCAUGAUUUCCCUGAGAUGGAGUUUCGUGUAAAUCAAAUUAUAUUGAUUGAAGAAAGGGAAUUCUAUCAUGGAAAUGAAGCUAUUAUGUGUAUUAAUAUGUCAUUUCAUAUUUCAGUAUGUAAUGUUCUGAGCAUAUGUAUGCGCGUGUGUAUGUAUGUGUAUGCGUGCCCCACAUCCCGAUGCAUCACAUCUGCCAGAUUCCAUGUUCAGAAGAUAAACUGUAUGUGUGUCUUCCCCUCCUUUCUAUUUAUAUCUGGCAACCUCUCUCCAGUUUACUCUCCUCUAUCUGGUCUUCCAUGGACAAACACAUUUCUGACAUUCAGUCCAAUUAGAAUAAUGGUUACCUACUAUCUCUAUUCAGUAGUUUUCCUUUUCAUCACGGACUGGCUGAUUCUACUUACUCCCACAAUCUUCCCAUGUUCCCUUACAACCAAGCGAGAAGCAAAAGGCCUUUUCAGGCAUGCAGGGAGUGGGGGGUGAAUUAAAAUUUAAAUAAACAAGAGAGAAAUGACAAGAGGGCCAAAGCUGAAGCAGUCGCACUAGGCAAUAAGUUGCAGAUGCAGGAUGAAGAAGAACAGAUAUGUAAUAUUGCAAAUGUUUUUGACUAAUAAGGUUGCAGACUGAAUAAAAACAGGAUAACAUCACCAAGCAAGCACAAUCCAGAUAGCGAGGAGGAAUAAAGAGGGAUAGGCAGAGACAAAAGACUGUUAGUAUUGUUACACCAUGGAAAAGCCACUAUAAACUCUGGAGAAAUGCUGUGUAAUCCUCAGUCACUUGCUUCAAGAUUCCUCGGCUUUUAACGGUUGCGUGGCCAAGUCUGCAGCUCAGCUCUGUUCGGGACUGGGAGCUCUCUCUUUCUGUCUCUAGAGGAUGGGAUUACCCUGGGGUGGGAUUCCUGACAGAUCCCGAACAAGUGUGAAAAGCCUAUCAGAGACCUGUGAAAACUGUAGCCUGCAUGGCUCCACACGGACAAAGUGUUGCUGUCCACUCUCUCUCUCUCUCUCUUUGACCUUUCCACUCUCCUUCAUUUCUUCUCACUACCUCUCUCAUCAUGCUCCCCCAUAUUUCACCCUUCUCCUUCCUGACUCAAAUCUGCUCCUGUGCACACCUUAACCAGUCCAAUAAAGGUUGUAGGUUCAGAUUAAUCAAA